UAGCUAGGGCGGAUCCUGUACGGACGUCAGAUGUGCCCCCCCGGUUAUUGCGGUCCGCGAUGUCACGAACUGUGGAGAGAGUGUGAAGUUGCUGAGUCACAACAACAGGCGGCGCGUUAUACAAUGACAGAUACUGCCGAGUCACAGGCUGGGAAGCCGGCGGGCGCCGGGACCCGGGGGCUCGUCUCCGGCUGGAUCAGAAGAACACUCUCUUGCUGAGACACACGCACACACAGAGACAGGCGCUGAGAGACAGCCUGAUACAAACUGAGACUCGCAGAGACAGCCUAAGAGACACACUGAAACUCCCCGAGUGAGAUAGACGGACACUAUAGAGACAGACACACAUAGAGACAGAGCCUGGUUAUUAGACAGCCAGAGAUUUGCAGAGACAGCUGCUGAGAUAGGCAGACAUAAAGACAGGCACUGACACUCAGAGACAACCUGGUAAUAUAGUUACAUACUGUAGAGACUGACACCUAGAGAAGCAGUAAUAGGCUGAGGAAGACAAAAAUACUGAGUGACUGAGACAAUGAGAGACAUUAGAAAUACAUACAUACUGACACACUGAGACUUACAUACUGACACACAGAGACAUACACUACACUACAGGUAGUGACUUGCGAGUCACAGAGGACAGUGAGAAGAGACAGACAAAACCCUUGAAAGGUGCUUUUCAUCUUGAUACAAUGGUGAUGCUGAGGGAUUAUUGCGAGCAUAAUGGCAGUGUGUCCCAUGCCUGGUUGGACAAUGGCCUAUCUCCGUGUUUUUAUUUCACUCUGGUACCAUCCGUGCUCCUAAGCUUUUCUCUUCUCCUGGGAAGCUUGCAGUCUGCCUUUUAUGUCAAGCACAGUCGGACAAUGGAACCCAAGUACAUUCCUAAGUCCCGUCUGUACCAUCUUCAACUGGUACUGUCCAUCGUCCUGAUGUCACAGGCUGUGGGCGGACUGAUCUGGCAGGCUGCAGGUAGUGAUGUCUUAUAUGGAUAUAUGAUACUGCAUGGCUGCCUCUCCGUGGGGGCUUGGGGAUUUAGCAUAUGGCUCAUUCAUUUGGAGCGCACAAGAGCCCUUGAGCGAGAAAGGAGUAGGGGACAUGGAGUGGUACUCCUUCUGUUCUGGGCACUGGCCUUUGCCGCUGAGAACUUGGCAUUUAUAUCCUGGAAGAGCCCGCAUUGGUGGUGGACGUCGAUGGAUACUGUGUCGCAAAAGGUGCAGUUUGGCCUGUGGACUCUACGAUACAUCUGUACAUUGUUCUUAUUCAUGUUAGGAAUUCUUGCCCCGGGUCGACCGCGCAAACCAUACAUCCUUCUUAUUAAUGAAGAUGAAAGGGAUGUGGAGAAUACGCAGCCUCUGUUGAGAAGCCCAAAUGAGUCCACAUGGCAGGGCUUCUAUAAGAAGGUGCGUCUACUUGUCCCAUACAUGUGGCCGAAGGGGAACGUCCUGCUACAGCUCCUGGUUCUCCUCUGCAUGGGUUUGAUGGGUCUAGAACGAGCUAUCAAUGUCUUUGUUCCCAUAUACUAUAAGAACAUAGUGGACAAGUUGACUGAUGGGUCUCCAUGGCACUCCCUGGCGUACACUGUCUGUAUAUAUGUUCUGCUCAAGCUUCUGCAGGGUGGAGGAGCAGGCGCAACGGGUUUUGUAAGUAACUUACGAACUUUCUUGUGGAUCCGUGUUCAGCAGUUUACAAACCGCAUUGUGCAGAUCCGCCUCUUCUCCCACCUCCACUCUCUGUCCCUACGUUGGCAUCUUGGGCGUAAGACGGGUGAAGUGUUACGUAGUGUGGACAGAGGAACCAGCAGCAUCAACAGCCUACUGAGUUACAUAGUAUUCAGUAUACUUCCUACCAUUGCGGAUAUUAUCAUUGGGAUAGUCUAUUUUACGUCUUUCUUCAACGCCUGGUUUGGACUGAUCAUUUUCAUCUGUAUGACCUUAUACCUGACCCUCACCAUCAUCAUUACUGAAUGGAGAACAAAAUACCGCCGGGAUAUGAACACCAGAGACAAUGAGGCCAAAUCUCGAGCCGUUGACUCGUUACUCAACUUUGAAACGGUGAAAUACUACAACGCGGAGUCUUAUGAGGUGAACAGAUUCAAUGACGCAAUAGUGAAAUACCAGGUAUCUGAGUGGAAAGUUAAUGCUACACUGGCCAUGCUAAAUCAGACCCAGAACCUUAUCAUUGGGCUGGGACUGUUGGCUGGGUCUCUUCUCUGCGCUUACUUUGUUACUGAAAACAAGUUUAAAGUUGGUGACUACGUACUGUUUGGAACCUACAUCAUUCAGCUCUACACACCACUUAACUGGUUCGGCACAUACUACAGGAUGAUUCAAAACUCCUUCAUUGACAUGGAGAAUAUGUUUGAACUAUUCAGUGAAGACCAAGAGGUGAAGGAUUUGGUGAAUGCCUCAGAGCUGAGAUUCAACACUGGGAAAAUUGAGUUUGAGAAUGUUCAUUUCAACUACACAGACGGAAGGGAAAUCCUGCGUGAUGUCUCUUUCACUGUGAUGCCUGGACAGACGGUCGCACUGGUGGGACCGUCGGGCUCUGGGAAAAGUACCAUAAUACGACUUCUUUUCCGUUUUUAUGAUGUCCGAGGUGGCAGCAUCAGGAUUGACGGGCAGGACAUCUCCACGGUUCUGCAGGCUUCCCUUCGAUCUCACAUCGGUGUUGUACCCCAGGACACAGUACUGUUUAAUGAUACUAUCCGCAACAAUAUCCGCUAUGGACGUGUCAGUGCCACAGAUGAUGAGGUGGAAGACGCAGCAGCUGCAGCUGAUAUCCAUGAACGUAUCCUUUCUUUCCCUGAUGGGUACAACACACAAGUUGGAGAACGUGGUCUGAAGCUCAGUGGAGGAGAGAAGCAACGAGUUGCCAUUGCUAGAACCAUUCUAAAGUCUCCACAAAUUGUCCUGCUAGAUGAGGCCACUUCUGCACUGGACACUGAAACCGAGCGCAACAUACAAGCUUCUUUAGCAAAAGUCUGUGUCAAUCGGACUACAGUUGUGGUUGCUCACAGGCUUUCCACUGUGAUUAACGCAGAUCAGAUUCUGGUUCUGAAAGAAGGACAGAUCAUAGAGAGAGGAAGACAUGAUGAGCUGCUUGAUAAGGGAGGUGUCUAUGCUGGAAUGUGGCAGAAGCAGCAGAGUGGUAACGAGUCCUCUUCAGACUCCGAUUCUGAGAGAAAAGACAGAAUUUCAGAGAAAUCACAGCAGCCAAAACCAGCACUGAGGAAACCUCAUUAGACUAUAGGGAGUGAUGCCACAUGCAUCGGUCCCCAUUCCGCACUGCACAGCGAGCUUGAGCAUUCUCUAUCACAAGUGAGAUGAUUAGGUCCUGCAGUGAUCAAGUCACCUAUUAUCAUUGGAGGCAGGAGAAGGUCGCCCAUGAUCAAAGCUUCUAUCUUAUAGACAAGCCAUCGUUUGGAAUACCACUGCAAUACUGAUGAUUUCAUCAGUAACACCUGACAGUUUUGCCCACAGGAAUUAGUUAAGCUGCAUAAAACUGUACGUUUACAACGUCUUCAUCCAGAAUCUGCAGCCCCAAGGAAUCGCUGCUAUUGGGCCCAGUUCUUGUCAGAAUAACUCUCACACAUCUGCAACGUGUGUGUAGAUAAGCAAAACCGCACUGUGACCUCAGAGUUUAAAUUCAUAAUAGGUCUCCCCUUUUAAUUAAAAGUUUGUAUAUUUACACGGGUGUUUUGAAUCAUCUACAGGGAACUGGAUGAAUUGAUAUUUAUUCUGCAGUAUCCGCUAUGGGUGAAAUAAUUAAUAGAUUUUUUUAAAGAUGUUAACAUUAAUAUGUUUAAAAAGCAUUACCAAGAAUAAAAACAAGGUCACUAGUGCACAAACAAAAACUCCUUAUUGACGAAUGUUGUUCAGAAGUUUUUCUAUUAAAUAAUUAUGACUGGUAUAGAAAAAUAAUAAAUUGUCUGGUGGAUUGUGAAA